AGGGUUCUAUCAUGGUCAUUGUUGUUACCAUCCUGAUCAUAGGGUUCUAUCAUGGUCAUUGUUGUUACGAUCCUGAUCAUAGGGUUCUAUCAUGGUCAUUGUUGUUACGAUCCUGAUCAUAGGGUUCUAUCAUGGUCAUUGUUGUUACGAUCCUGAUCAUAGGGUUCUAUCAUGGUCAUUGUUGUUACGAUCCUGAUCAUAGGGUUCUAUCAUGGUCAUUGUCGUUACCAUCCUGAUCCUAGGGUUGUAUAGUGUUUUAUUAGGUACUUCCAGGUCAGACGGUCCAACAGACCAACAACAAAUACAGACGGAACGUCUCCGUUACCUUAUAUGGUAAACAAUAACAUGUUUUAUAUCAGAGAUUUAUAGAAGCAGCACAAGGUGUUCCUCAAUCCUCUGUCCUGUGACUGUUUGGAAACCUUCAGACCUGUUUGUCCAUCAUAAAGAGGGAUCAGCUGUUCUCUCAGAACAUACCAUUCAUUCCCCAGUCCACCGUGGAUUUGAUCUGAUUGGGAUCUGAACUUGAAGAAUGAGAGAAGGAAUUGACAACCUUGUGUUCCAGUUUAUCAGUGUCUGGGUUCGGGAUCCUCGGAUUCAGAAGAAGGACUUCUGGCAUGCCCACAUGGACUAUGAAAUCUGUAUACAUACCAACAGUCUCUGCUUCACUAAGAAGAUCUCCUGUGUGAGGAGAAGGUACCGUGACUUCGUAUGGCUCCGGCAGAAACUACAGGCUAACUCCCUACUCAUGGUCCAGCUGCCUGAACUACCACCUAAGAACCCUUUCUUUAACCUGAACAACGCCCAGCAGAUCACAGAGAGGAUGAAGGGCCUCCAGAAGUUCCUUGAACUGACCCUGGAGAGUAAUCUGCUUCUGUCAGACAGCUGUCUGCACCUCUUCCUGCAGUCGGAGCUGGGGGUGUCCCAGAUAGAGGCCUGCGCCUCAGGUAGAACCCAUUACUCUGUGUCCCAGGCCGUGCUGCGCUGUGGCUGCAAACUGCAACGCUUCCACUCCCAGGAGGACCUGUUAGAGACCAGCCGCAAGGAGUCCUGUGACUCCGACUCUGUUAGUGGGUUUGUAGAGCCGGCGCCCAGCAGUAAAGAUGGAACUGCUUCCUCACCCCCAGAGACCCUAGAUCUGUCUCUACCUGAUAGGACCAGACCUAACCCCGACCAGGAAGAGACCCUAGCUCUGUCUCUACCUGAUAGGACCAGACCUAACCCCGACCAGGAAGAGACCCUAGCUCUGUCUCAACCUGAUAGGACCAGACCUAACCCCGACCAGGAAGAGACCCUAGCUCUGUCUCUACCUGAUAGGACCAGACCUAACCACAAUCAGGAAGAGACCCUAGCUCUGUCUCUAUCUGAUAGGACCAGACCUAACCCCGACCAGGAAGAGACCCUAGCUCUGUCUCUACCUGAUAGGACCAGACCUAACCCCGACCAGGAAGAGACCCUAAAUCUGUCUCUACCUGAUAGGACCAGACCUAACCACAACCAGGAAGAGACCCUAGCUCUGUUUCUACCUGAUAGGACCAGACCUAACCACAACCAGGAAGAGACCCUAGCUCUGUCUCUACCUGAUAGGACCAGACCUAACCACAACCAGGAAGAGACCCCAGCUCUGUCUCUACCUGAUAGGACCAGACCUAACCACAACCAGGAAGAGACCCUAGCUCUGUCUCUACCUGAUAGGACCAGACCUAACCACAACCAGGAAGAGACCCCAGCUCUGUCUCUACCUGAUAGGACCAGACCUAACCACAACCAGGAAGAGACCCUAGCUCUGUCUCUACCUGAUAGGACCAGACCUAACCACAACCAGGAAGAGACCCCAGCUCUGUCUCUACCUGAUAGGACCAGACCUAACACACAACCAGGAAGAGACCCUAGCUCUGUCUCUACCUGAUAGGACCAGACCUAACCACAACCAGGAAGAGACCCUAGCUCUGUCUCUACCUGAUAGGACCAGACCUAACCACAAACAGGAAGAGACCCUAGCUCUGUCUCUACCUGAUAGGACCAGACCUAACCCCAACCAGGAAGAAGACACUCUCAGAAUGCCUGUCUCUCCAUGGGAACAUCACCGCCAACCAGGACAUGGUAGCUUACAAUAUUCUGCAUCCCAAAUGUCACCCGAUAGUGCACUACUUUGGACCAGAGCCCUAUGUAGGGAAUAGGGUGCUAUUUUGGACACUGUCUUUGCUCUCAUUUCAUCUUAAAAUAAUGUUCCCCUCCCACACAGCUUGUAAAAUAAGGCUCCCACACAGCUUUUAAAAUAAGGCUCCCACACCGCUUUUAAAAUAAGGAUUCCACACAGCUUUUUGUCAUCCAUUUCUCCAAACUACUGUCACCAUAACUACCUUGUCUUUCUGACACCAAAACUGUUUUUUUACUUCAAUUUUUUUCCAGAGAAGAUGAUGAGGGAAUAUAUGUGUUUAUGUCUGUGUAGUUUUGUGAAAUAUUUGUAAAGUCCAAAAAUCUGAAAUAUGUUAAUAUUAGGAUACCUUCACUGUAAAUAAAGUCAGUUCUAAUGUU